GUACCGCGGUAUUCUGAAGCGGCGAAGGAGGUGUUGCUAAACCGGUCGAGGAUCACGUUGUGCCUGGUCGGCGGAGCGCGGCUGUUCGAGCUCACCGGUCCGUCGAUCGUGAGGAACGUCCUGCUCCGGUAUCCGAACGUCGAUCUCUUCCUCCAUAGCCCCCUCGACGAGAACGCGUUCAAGUUCUCGCUCCUCAAAUCCGCGCCGAGGAUCGCCGUCGUUAGGAUCUUCAAGCCCGGUUACAUCCCCGAGACCGAGUCGUACCUCCGAGUUCUCACCGCCUCAAACUCGCCUAACGGCAUCCAGGUAUUUUUUUUUUCUUUAACGGAUGAUCGAUUAAUUUAA